CUCCGUUCCCAUUUCCAUCGGCCAGUCCCCACUUUCUCCAUCCAUCCAUCUCGCCUCGUCGUCUUCCCCGCGAGGCCGCCGCGCCGCCCCCGCUAAUCCGCUAUAAAAUCUGACCGCGAUCGAGAUGCGGAAAUAUCGAGUCGCCGGACUGGUAGCCGCCCUGCUCGUGCUGCAAGCCCUAGCCACGCCGUCCGCUCAGGCAGAGGCGUGUCGGGCACGUGAGGGAGAGGAGAAGAUGGCACACACCGCGACCGACGGAGGGCCGGUGGUCGGCGGCGUCGAGCCGGUGGGGAACGAGAACGACCUCCACCUAGUCGACCUCGCCCGCUUCGCCGUCACCGAGCACAACAAGAAGGCCAAUGCUUUGCUGGAGUUCGAGAAACUUGUAAAGGUGAAGCAGCAAGUUGUUGCUGGCACGCUGUAUUAUUUCACAAUUGAGGUGAACGAAGGGGGUGCCAAGAAGCUCUAUGAAGCCAAGGUCUGGGAGAAGCCGUGGAUGGACUUCAAGGAGCUCCAGGAGUUCAAGCCUGUCGAAUCUAGUGCAAACGCCUAAUAAGGCACAUUUCAUAUGCCAUGUGCAGCAUGAAGCGAUCAAUAACACGCAGAAUCAUACGGUGUGGAACUGUGGGUAUGGCUAUUGGACAGGUUAAGUAUCGGCAUGAUAAUAUGGCUUGGAUAUAGCUAUUGUAUAUGUUAAGGAUCCACACAAUAAUAUUGCUUGGAUAUAGUUAUUGGAGACUGUGCAUAUGGCAUGUUCUAGUAUGUAUUAGUUUAAUAGUUUUAUGAGUAAGAAUGCUUGCAAGGUGUAUUAACUACAAAUAUUGCAAUAAAAGUCUCUUGCUACAAUUUGUGGAUU